CGCGAGCAGAUGCAAGUCGCCUCUGGUAGGGAAAGUGACUGGCAGAAGUCAUGCUCAAGAAACAACCCGCUCCCAAAGACUUCCUUGAAUUUAUCGGUCGGAACGCGCUUAUCACCUGAUUCACUUAUAAGAGCAGCUCUCACCAUGUUCCGAAGUCUGGAGAAGCCCUCAGCCCGCUUGGCUCACUCGACAUAUGUGCUACCAUCUAGUCACAUAUUAUGAAUACCUCUGCGCUCACCAAGUUCCUACAAGACGCCAUUAUAUCGACUGCAAUCAACUGACUUGCAGACUGAGUCGAUUCCACAAUCCCGUUGACCAUGACUGCGAAGCCGACUGUACCGCAAUCAUUUUACCUGACCAACAUAUCGUGAUGGAGAGGAGACCGGAGCAGUGCUUCACUUGCCGCGGGCUGCCUACGCCGCCCGUUCAAGGGCCAGACGUAGCUGGCGGAAUGAAUGGUCACGGUGAACAUGACUCUGAACCUGAAUCCAGUUCGGAUGAGGAGGAAGACGCACAAUAAGCAUGGGAUAUGCUCUGAUUGGGACGGCGGCUUGAACUGUAUUUACGGCGACAUGUCAUGGAUAGUCGUGUUCCACGGUAAUUGUAACGAUACUUCUGUAUGCAGUGUGUAGGAGGCGUUGCCGGGGGUGGAAAUCGACAUGCAGGGAAGGACUGAUGGC